CUUCGACAAAAUACUUUAAGCAAAAACUCCUUCUUUGAAGCGUGUUUUAAAAAUAUAUUUGAGCUUAAAAAAUUUUACGAACAGGUGUAGUUUUUGUUUAACUUUAGUUUUGGCGAGCAUAGUAAUAGUGCGACUAACCGAACGAAAAUAGAAAGUUAGAAGAAAAAAAAAACAUGGCAGAAAGACCGGCUGGAUAUGGACUAACUGCAGAGGUUAAAAAUAAAAUCAGCGAGAAGUAUUGCUUAGAAUUAGAAAAAGAAGCUUUGACAUGGAUUUCUUCAUUGGUUCCUGAUGCUCAACUUGAAAAUACGUCUGGAAUGGAAGCAACGCACAAAAAAUUAAAAGAUGGUGUCAUUCUUUGUAAGCUAAUAAAUGCUCUAGAAAACGAUUCCGUUAAAAAGAUAAACGACGGAAAAAUGGUUUUCAAACAAAUGGAAAACAUCAGUAACUUCUUAGAAGCAUGCAGCAGGUAUGGGUUAAGCAAAACUGAUCUUUUUCAAACUGUAGAUUUGUUUGAAGCGGCAAAUAUGACACAGGUUAUUCAAACUAUUCACGCACUUGGAAGAAAAGCAAAAUCAAAAGGAGCACCUGGUAUUGGACCAAAAGAAUCCAAUAAAAAUGUUCGAGAGUUUACUGAAGAUCAGCUUCGAGCUGGCCAAGGGGUAAUUGGACUUCAAAUGGGAUCCAAUAAAGGAGCUACGCAAGCAGGUCAAAACUUUGGAAAGACAAGAGCUAUACUUGAUUAACAACAUUUUUUUUUUUUUUUCACGUUUAACAAACUUUUAGAGAUUACAAGCAACUAUUUAGGAAUUAAAAGACAUUUUGUAUUAAAACAGGACAUUAACUAUUUGCAUUCAUUUUUAUAAUUUAUAUGUCGACAAAGUAAGUCAUAAAUUAAUGAAAUAUAUUAUCAGAGUA